AAAGCAUGAUAGCAACAACACAAUCACGACACGGCGGAGUCCCCAUUCUAUUGUCUUGGAAUUCGCGCUAUAGUAUUGGAUGAUUGCUUGAAAAGGCACCAUGCUAGGCUUGGUGCUGGUGAUUUCCAGCUACCUUCUCAAUUGAGAAAGCCGUUACAGCUCCACUAGAACUGUAGUCCUAAUGUCAUCAUACUAUGAGCGGAUGGUGAUAAUGCAAUCAUCUGAAUGCCUUCACGGUUCCGUAUAUAAGUCAGGCUGAAGGCCGCCUCACAAUCAUCAUCCAAGCAUCAGCCUUGGAUUCUCAGUCGCUUCUUCUACCGGUCCACACUCACUAUCUUCUUGAAUUUCAAGAUGAUCAACGUUCGCAACCUCGCCGUCUUCCUCGGAGCUUUGCUCCCCGCUGUACUUGCGGCUCCGGCUUCCAUCACCAAGCGGGACGACAUCAUCCCCGGAAAGUUCAUCGUCACUCUUAAGCCUGGUGUUGAUGCCGCUGCCGCUGAGUCCCACUUGAACUGGGUCAGCGACGUCCACAAGCGCAGUUUCGCCAAGCGUGACACCGCCGGUAUCGAGAAGAAGUACGAGAUCAAGGACUGGAAGGCUUACGCUGGAGAGUUCGACGAGGCUACCAUUGCUGAGAUCAAGGCCAGCCCUGAUGUUGCUCUUGUCGAGCCUGACACCGUUGCCUAUCUCUGGUACGACGUUGAGGAGGUCCACGAGGACAAGCUCGAGAAGAAGGCUUUGACCACCCAGACUGGUGCUACCUGGGGUCUUGGUGCCAUCAGUCACCGCUCUGGCGCCUCUACCUCGUACAUCUACGACACCACCGCUGGACAGAACACCUACGCCUACGUUGUCGACUCCGGUAUCCUCGUUGCCCACACCCAGUUCGGUGGCCGUGCCACUCUCGGCUACAACGCUGUCGGUGGAACCCACACUGACACUCUCGGCCACGGCACACACGUUGCUGGUACCAUUGGUGGCUCCACCUACGGUGUUGCCAAGCGCACCAACCUGAUCUCCGUCAAGGUCUUCCAGGGCUCCCAGGGAACCACUUCCACCAUCCUGGCCGGUUUCAACUGGGCCGUCAGCGACAUCACCUCCAAGGGCCGCACCGCCCGCUCCGUCAUCAACCUGUCCCUCGGCGGCCAAGCCUCCACCACAUGGACCAACGCCAUCCAGGCCGCCUACACCCAGGGCGUCCUCUCUGUCGUCGCCGCCGGCAACGGAGACCAGAACGGUAACCCGCUCCCCGUCUCCAGCCAGUCCCCUGCCAACGCACCCAACGCCUUCACCGUCGCCGCCGCCGACUCCAGCUUUCGUCCCGCCUCGUUCACCAACUACGGUGCGGGCGUCGACAUCUUCGCCCCCGGUGUCGCUGUGCUAUCUUCCUACAUAGGUGGCAACUCCGCUACUGCUUCUCUCAGCGGUACUUCCAUGGCUGCUCCCCACGUCGCUGGUCUCGCUGUCUAUCUCCAGGCUCUUGAGGGUCUGUCCACCCCUGCUGCUGUUUCCAACCGCCUUAAGGCUCUGGGUACUGCUAACCGCGUCACUGGCACCCUCAGUGGUAGCCCUAACCUGUUCGCCUACAACGGCAACGGCGCGUAAAUACCUUCUACGGGCUGUGCGAAUCAGCUGAAUGGCAUGUGAUGAUUGAAUGGUUUGGGGAGGAUGGAUGGCAGGAAGCGGAUGAAAUGGUGUUCCUGUAGCUUUCAAUCUAUCUGCAGUUGCACACGAGAUGUAUUCCGCCGUACCUUGA